GUGUUAGAAGGAGAGUUUUAAUUGCAACAAUUAUAUCGAUUUUUUUUGCUUUGCUGUUUAUGCAUUAAGUGAAGGCACGAGUCGAUUAAGAAGAGAAUGCUUCAUGCCUCGCUACGGCGUCUCGCUACCCGACUCACUGCGGAGCAAAUAGAGGCCAAAAUCAAGUCCAGUGAGAUUUUAAGCCCAGUGUUACACGCAUCAGUACAAGAUGUCAGCGCUGGGUGCGGUAGCUUUUUCAAUAUUCAGGUUACUUCUCCAGUCUUUACGGGGAAGAGUUUGGUUCAACAGCAUCGCAUCGUGAAUGAAGUCCUUAAACAGGAGAUUAAAGAGAUUCACGGAUUCACACUAAAGACCGCACCGCGACUCGAUUAA